CUCCAACUUCCUUGGCAACCUAGACUUCUGCCUCGAGCUCAGUGUCGUCGCUCUCUAUCCGGCACCGCCGUCAACAACCUUCCACCAUGUCAGAGAAGCGCCCCUUCCCCGGCAACGGCCUUGACGACGGCCAUGACUCCAAGCGUCCCCGCUCAGCGCAAGCAUCACCAGCACCGGACAAUGAUGUUGAACGCAAAAGGCGCGAGGUCGCCGAGCGUAUCGCCGCCAUGAAGGCUCGUCUGCCUAACAGAGGCGCCUCUGCUGCUUCUGCGCCUACCGCUACUCCCGCCGCUGCGCCUCCAUCAACAUCCACGAACGACAUGCAGGCCCGUAUCGCUGCCAUGAAAGCCAAACUACAAGGAAAUGCUCAACAACAACCUCAAGCCGAUAUACCCACCCGUCCAGCAGCCCGUUCUCCUGGACUCGCACCGUCACCUCCCGUUCGAGAUGAUACGACUUCGCGCGCAAGAGGUGGUCUGAACGUUGGCUUGCAUCCCAGUUUGCUGGGGGGACCAUCAAGAUCUGGCAACAACAAAAAGCAGAAAGAUGAACCUGCGAAGCACAAUCCAUACCUGGCUGGUGAUGAUCAGAAGGCUGCUAUACAAAAUGAGCCUUUUUAUGACCCAUCACUACAGAAGCAAAAGGACCGCAAGUCCAAACAGCUGCUAUUCAAUCAGAAGGGUAAGUUCAUGGCCCAAGCCGAAGCUUUGAGACAGCAGGCAAGGAUCGAACAAAUGGCAAAGGAGAUGCAGGAACAGGCGCGAAAGCAGGCCAUCGAAGAAGCAACCGAAAAGUCCUUCCUCGUCCCUGCUCCACCAGAGAUCGAGUGGUGGGACGAGGGCUUGGUGACUGGAGGAAACUACGAGAACCUCGAAGCUCCGGAUAAGAUCAACAUGGACGUUAUAACACGAUAUGUCCAACACCCAGUUCUAUUGUCUGCGCCGCAGGAUGCCAAUGUGCCCGCUCCAAAGGCCAUGUACCUCACUAAGCAAGAGCAAAAGAAGGUUCGACGACAACGUCGUAUGGCAGACCACAAAGAGGAGCAGGCAAAAAUCAGACUUGGUCUCAAGGCUCCUCCACCACCAAAGGUCAAGAAAUCAAACCUUAUGCGUGUACUGGGUAAUGAAGCUGUGAAAGAUCCUACCGCUGUCGAAGCUCGCGUCAAUCGUGAAAUCGCCCAGCGUGCUGAGGAUCACGAGACAGCCAACGCCGACAGACAAUUGACCAAGGAGCAGCGUCUCGAGAAGUUGGCAACUCAGCAAGAAGCUGAUGCUACACUUGGCAUGAGGGUCCUGGUAUUCAGGAUCGACAACUUGAGUUACGGAAAGCACCGCUUCCAAAUCAACAAGAACGCCGAGCAACAGGCCUUGACUGGUAUCACAAUCUUCCAUCCUAAGAUGAAUUUGGUCAUCGUCGAAGGCGGUACCCACAGUGUCAAUGCCUACAAGAAGCUCAUGCUCAAUCGCGUAAAAUGGACAGAAAACGCCAUGCCUCAAAGCGUCCGUGAGGGAAACCAAGAGGCUAAUGCUGCAUGGCUUAAUGCGUUUGACGAGGAUGGCAAACUCAAAGACAACACGUUCAACAGGUGUCAGCUUGUCUUUGAAGGCGAGGAAAAACAGCGUGCCUUCAAGCGCUGGAUGCCGUAUAAGGCCUGCGAGACCGAUGGCGAAGCAAAGGAUGUGCUUAGCAGGUAUAAGAUGGAAAACAUGUGGACGCUAGCACAAUCUCCAGCCUUCCAGUAAUUAUGAGACACGACAUACAAACAGAACUACCACUUGAGACUGGAGGAAAAGGAGGAUUUACCUGAUAUAUCAGAAUGCCCGCCAUUCAACUCUCACGCAAAGUAGCUUUGCAGGGUUGGCUUGCUCGCUGACCAGCACCUUGUCAUGGAACAG